GUUUGCGCCGAUGACUAAAUGCGCCUGUGCACACAAGUCGAUGCGUUUCAGCGGGGUUAUCAAAGUGUCUGGCUUUUACAUAGCUUAAGUUUAACAAAGUAUUUCUUCAUGAACUCCACAGAAAACUGCAAUGGACUGUACUAUUAAGGAAGCCCUAUCGGUGGUGAGUGAAGAUCAGUCCAUAUUCGAGUCACCCUUCAGUGGUCCUCAGGCCAUGCACAUGAAGGGAGAGAUCGGCUCGCCUGCAGUGUUCAGACAGGGUUCUGAAGAGAACUCAGAACCUACAGAGCCCGACUGGACGGGGUCGGCCACACAGAACCCUGCAAAACGAGCAGAACACAUCAAUGGAAGCAGCCGUGAGUCCCCAGUGGACUGUAGUGUGACAAGAAGGACUCGACACAUGAGCAAUAGUGAUGGAGGGCAGAUGGCCUAUCAGGCCUCGUACCCUGAGCCACGGACCAGCCCGCAGACCGCCACCCCACCCAGCAGCACCGCCACAGAGGAGAAGAGGGUGAUUGUACCUGCAGACCCAGAAGUGUGGACACAAGACCAUGUACGGCAAUGGGUGGACUGGGCUAUUAAAGAAUAUGGGCUGUCAGAUGUGGACGUGUCCCUCUUCCAGACACUGGAUGGAAAAUCGCUCUGCAAAAUGACCAAAGAGGACAUGAUGCGUCUCACUUCCGCAUACAACACAGAAAUUCUUCUCUCCCACCUAAACUACCUCCGGGAGAGUAGCCCCACCUUUUCCUACCCCACAACCCCAACCAAUACGCAACCACAGCCCAGAUUACAAGUGAAAGCUGAAAACAGCUUUGAGGAGAUCAGCAGAAGGAACAGUUGGUCUUCAAAUGCAUUGCCAGCUGUUGCAAAAGUUGAACAUCAGCACAAUACCAGAAUUACAGAGCCUCCACCACGACCUCCUCCAGAUCCCUACCAAGCAUUAGGUCCCAUCAGCAGCCGCCUUGCAAAUCCAGAAACGAAACCGUUCCACACCAAGGUCCGAUCGUCCAAACAAAAUUGUAACAACCAGCCCGUCACCAGCACUGACAGGACUGUGGGCUCUGGUCAGAUCCAGCUGUGGCAGUUCUUGCUGGAGCUUCUGUCUGACAGUAAUAACUCCACCAUCAUUACAUGGGAAGGAACCAACGGUGAAUUCAAGAUGACCGACCCGGAUGAGGUGGCCAAGCGCUGGGGGGAGAGAAAAAGCAAGCCUAACAUGAACUACGACAAGCUCAGUCGUGCCCUUCGCUACUACUACGACAAGAACAUCAUGACCAAAGUGCACGGCAAGCGCUACGCGUACAAAUUCGAUUUCCAAGGCAUUUCCCAAGCCCACCAAAACCACCCGCCAGACGGUGGCGUGCUGAAAUACCAGACCGAAGUCCCCUACAUGCAGAGCUACCACAGUCACCAGCCCAAAAUGAACUUUAUGGGCACUCAUUCAACCCCUAUGCCAGUUUCUUCUGCUAAUUUUUUCACGCCUCCUGCCACUUAUUGGAAUUCCGCGACAGGCGUGGUGUAUCCCAGCUCACCCAUGCCACGACAUCCCAGCACACAUUCUCAUUUGAACUCGUAUUACUGAACAGAAGCCCUGAACGAUCGCAAAGCCUUAACUCAUGGCAUUCGUACUGCCCCCGGGUUUUAUAAGCUUGUCGAAGAGAAUCAAGCAUAAAACGGAAAGUGUUUGGUGGCGAUUUCAUAAAACUACAACUUUUAGGGGAAUCAUCCGACAUGAGAUCUAGUCAUAAGGUUUAAAACGUCUUGUAGCAUUCACAAGCAUCAAGUUCUCCAUCUAGUCACAUUAUUGUACAGUAUAUAUGCAUAUUAAUUAAUAUAGCUGUACUUCAGGGCUAAAUUGUAAAUAUGUCUUGCAUGUUACGUAUAGGGAUUUGAAGAGACAUUCCCAAAAAGCCAGCAUAUUCAUCUCUAAUGUCUUCAUGUAAUAUGACUUUUGUAAGCAACUUUUUUGUACAGGUUUUUUUUAAUCAAAUAACAUCACUCCCAUAAGUGUAACGUGAUAUUUUUAACCAAUAAAAAACAUGUAGCUCA